UUUAAAAUGGAUUUUGAAUAUAAAAAAGAAGAGGAGACGAUGGGGACAACUCUAAUUGCUGUUGAAACAAAAGAAGGAAUUAUUGUUGCAACAGAUUCUCGUACAAGUCAAGGCUCUUACAUUUCUUCCCGCGCUACAAACAAAAUUUCUACAAUUAGCGAUCAUAUUGUUGGGUUAAGAGCUGGGAUAGCUUCGCAAUCUCAAGCAAUUUUUGAUAUUGUAAAGUAUUAUGCUGAGGCACAUUCAAUGCUUGAUGAAGAACCUAUACUUGUUUACAACGUUGCUCAAUAUACUCGCAAAUUUGCAUAUAAUUAUCGGGAUCAAAUGACGUUUAGUAUUAUUGUUGCUGGUUAUGAUGAAGAAAAAUUUGGUCAAAUUUAUGCUGUGACUAUUGGAGGGUAUUCUAUUCGACAAAAAAUUUACAUUACUGGAAGUGGAAGUACUUUUCUUUAUGGAUAUAUGGACAAGAAUUUUAAGGAAGGAAUGUCAAAUGAAGAGGCUGUUGAGUUGGUUAAAAAUGCUGUUUGUCUUGCAAAACGUCGUGAUGCUAUGUCUGGGGGAUGUAUUAAUUUGGCUAUUAUUGAUAAAAAUGGAACUGUUCAUAAGACAAUUCGUCCUGACAUGCCAGACCAUCCAAAAAUUUGA